GCCGCCCGCGACGCGACGCGACGCCGCCCACGACGCGCGCGCUCGCUCGAUCGCUCGCCGGCGUCGAGCCAUGCGGGGUGGCGGCGGCGACGACGACCUCUGGGCGAAGGCCGCCGAGCUGGAGCGGCAGUUCGAAGGGUACAAGCGGCGGGUCGCCGAGAGGAGGUCCUCCUCCUCCGCCGCCGCCGCCGAUCGUCACGACGGCGACGGCGACGGCGGCGCGGUGGAGGUGGUGGCGGUGGGGAAGGGGAGGAGGUACGACGCGUACGUGCGGAGGAGGGACGAGAAGCUGAGGCAGGGGUGGCGCGCGCGGAUGGAGCGCAAGGAGGCCGAGAUGAAGGCGCUCUGGGCGCGCCUCGACGUCGACCGCCGCCGCGACGGCGACCUCGCCGCCGGCAAUGGCAAACAGCAAAAGCCCGGGAACUUGGAGGCGAGACCAGCCGCCUCUCCCGCCACGCCAAGAAGCAGCUCGGCCACGAAGGCGACCCUCUCGCGUCCCAGGACGACGCCCAGGACCACCACGCCAUCGCCGGCCGGCGCCGCGGCGAGCCCGAGGCUGUCGUCAUCCAACCCCGACGCGCGACGGCGAGCGCCGCCGCAGCCGGAGCCACCGUCCACGCCACGGAAGGAGAACAGGGUGCCGUCCGCCGCGGCGGCGUCGACGGCGGCGGCCACGGCGACGCCGCGGCUGAGGGCGCUGUCACGGAGCAGGAGCUCGCUCAAGGAGUCGGCGUCCUCCGUCAGGGACAGCCCGAGGCGGGCGCCGCCGCCGCCGCGGCGUAGCCACGACGGCGACGCCGGGGACAGGCCGAAGCAGCAGCCGGAGCCGGUCCAUGCGGCGACCACCACCGCUGACGACGCCGUGGCGCCCGCGGCGAGGAGCUGUCAGAGUCAGCAGCAGGUCGUCCUCGCCGAGAUCAAGGCGGCCGCCGCGUUUCGCCUCAGGAGAUCGGGCAAUGGCGCCGCGCAGGGGCGGCAGCCCGCCGCCUCGCCGCGUCCGGUGAUCACCAGACAACUCGACGGUCGUCGUAAACCAUCGGACAGAAACUCAGAUGUCGAAGCGAAGAAUUUCAACUUGGAUGAAGGCAUCGGUGAAGAUGAUGAUGAUGACACGGCGCAAUCUUCAGUUGAGAUUGGCAGUUUGAAGAUCACUGGCGACUCCGACACCGAGCCGAGCUACGUCUACAUCACGAAGGACAUCGACGACGAAGCCAUGAACACUUCUCAACCUCAACCAUUGGCUGCUUCUGAUUCAAAUGCUGAAGAACCAGAGUCUCUGGCGCCUCAUCAAUCCGAGAAGGAAACCAGACAUCUCGAGGAGACAGCAAUGGCGGCAUCAUCUGAAGCGACGGCGAAAGAAAGACCCGCGACUGACCGAGAAGAUGACUCGCCGCAGAGCUCCGAUCAGUCGUUCUACUCGAACGUGGACUCCUCCUUCUCCCACAGGUCGGAGCUCGAGCUCGCCGCCUCCGCCACCGACUCGCCGCUGCACGGCUCGCCGUCGAGCACCGGCCCCUCCACCGAGCAGCUGCUCGAAGCCGACGCCGCAAUGCUGAGGAAGAAACGGGAGGAGGAGGAGGAAGAAGAAGAAGACGAGGCGGCCGCCGGCGAGAUCAAUAGCCUUCUGAUCCCGAGCACCACGACGAGCAGCAGCAGCAGCGUUGCUUGUCCGGUCACCGUGCAGUCGCCGAUGGAGGCGGUGGCGGGGUUCAAGAGGUUCCUGACCUUCGGCAAGAAGAACGCCGCCGCCGCCGUGGCUCCGCCGGCGGAUGAUUCCGGCGUCGGCCAUGGAUGGCCGUCAGGCGAUUCCGGCGUCAGGCAGAGAAUCUGCUCCUCCGAUGCUGCUUCAGAUGAUUCAGACAACAGCUAUGUCAUCCCUGCACACGUUCGAUCCUUGCAAAGCUGUGUGCCUUGUUCUCCUGCAAGGCCUGUACUACUGAAGGAGCUCAUUUCAUCGGCAAAAUCCCCACGAGCACAUCGUUCGUUCUUCUCGUUCUCAUCGUUCAAGUCCAGAGGGUACUGAUGCUGGCCAUUGGUGAUGCAGUGAACAGGGAUAAUCGGUGCUGAUCCUUUGUUUGCCGAACAUGAAGAGGAAUUCUUUCAGAUUACAUUGAUUUAUUAGUAGAUAAAUGCAAAUAAACAUGUAUGACUAUAUGAACUGACUAAGGAGCUUUUAGAAACCACUUGCUGAGAGCACCUUAUGAACCAUGGUAGUAAUAUGUAUCAUGUUUUGUGUGUGUGUGUGUUUUUGUCAGAUAAUGAAUAUGUUUGUGUUCUUGCACUUAAAACUUUCUAUACAUAGGGAAAUACUUAAAAGUGUUGUGGUAGAGCCACAAAUGUAUGACUCCAUUUGACAAUGUAUAAAUCAUGACAUCAGAUUUAAAUCUUAAAAUAUAUGGAUAUGCUUUCAUUACGGAUUUUACUAGGGCCCUAUUUGAUUCAUGGGACUAAUCCAUUAGUCCCUCCAUUUUAGUCCCUUUUACUCCUUAAGAAUCUAAACAGGGGUGACUAAAAGGGACUAAAAGUGCAUAUUGGGACUAAAAUCCAUUAGUCUCUUUUGAAGUUACUUAUAGGGACUAAAGUAGCAGCCACUCUCUUCUUUCUCCCUCGGUCCACGUGCCUUUAGUCCCUGGAUCCAAACAGUAGGGGCCUAAAGUUUUUAGUUCAAGGAAAGGGCUAGGUUCAUGUAUAAUGAAAGAAGAAAAGAAGACUAUACAAUUUUUACUCUGCUAAAAACACCGAUAAAUUCCAGCUGCUUUUGGAUGAUCUAGAUCACGCGGAGAUUUGUGUAACACAUAAACAUUAUCAUUCUUCCUUGUCCCCUCUCCUUAUUCUUCUCCCCACACAAUGCGUAUUCACGCUAACAUCCCCACCCAUUGACACAGCCUCCCAUCCU